CUCUGCUCCUCAUUUUUUCCUCUCCCGUUUCUCUCAUCUCUCUCUCUCGUUCUGGACAGGAAGACCGCCAUGGCACCCGGACGUCAUCAUCCUCGAGCUCCACGACCACUCCAGCACCAAGACCCGUCGCCGCCCAGCCACGCCAUGAACUCGAUGCCAGCGCCACUGUGUUUCUGCCAUCCGCGUCGGCAAGUGCAGCGCCUAGCCGCGCUGACCUCCAGUUGCAGGAACCUCGCCAUGGCCAUGGAGCCCAAGUCCUGCCGCAUGCUCCUCCUGUCUGCCCAAGUCCUCUGCCCUUGCAGUCUUCUUCUCCUUCACUUGACCUUCCUGCUGCCGGCGACCUCGCUCUCCGACGACCACCUACCAGGAGCCGAGCCAUCGUCGUCUUGUUCGACUCCAACCAUCGGGAACCAGCUUCCCUCGUCAGAUCCGGUGGGUCCCCGCCGCCGUAAGCCGCCUGCAGGCCCGUCUCGUCGAACCUCCCUUCAAGUAGCACCGCCUCGCCCUGCUUCCUGUCCCGCCCGUGCCAAGGCCAGCGUCGGCCUCUCCUUCCCCUGAUGUGAGCAGCGGUUCAGGAUCGAGCGCGCUCGCUCGCCCGCUCGUUGACCGCGUCGCGCCUGGGCCGCCUCCCUUCCAGCCUCUCCAAGGCCCAAGGCCCAGCACCCCCCUUUUCGGCCUACCUCUCUACCGAUCUGGGCCAGGCCCACUGGGUGAGAAACCCCCUUGUGCAUUGUUGGUCCAACAGAUCCAGCCCGUUUGUGUUUUUUUCAGUACAAGAUUUU